CCCACAGGCACGGGCGCACAGCCGUUACACUGUCCCUGCCCCCUGCACCGUCACCAGGGCCACCGAGCGGCGAGGCCUGCGGCGGCCAUGCCGGGGUGGCGCUGCCUGGCGGGGCUGCUGACCGUGCUGACGUUCUCUGCAGCUCCACCGGUGCCUCCUGCUCCAGGCAGCCCGCUGUCGGACAGCGAGUACCAGCUCUUCUUCGCCAGCCUGGGGCCCCCCUGGAAGGCAGCCAUGCUCUGCCAGCUGCGCCAGGCACAAGGCUGCCUCAGCUCCACCAUCCUGCAGCUGGACCAGGAGGAGAACCACGGCCACGUCCCUGAAGGGCCAGUCUGCUGUGACUUCCCUGAGGCUCCGUGGUUUCAGACCUUCUGCCAGUUCACCCAGUACCGCUGCUUCAAACGCCAGUUCUAUACCAAGCGAAUCCCAUGUUCCAGUUUGUCUCCUCAAAAAAAACUCCUCAUGACAGAGCAACCCCAUGCUGUGGGCUCCUGGGCAAGGGGCAAAAGCUCCCCUACAGAAGAAGCUCCAGAGCAGGCUUCUCUCUUGCACGUCGAUGCCCUGCUGCGUGCCAAUGUGGACAGUCUCCUGAAGUACUCCUAUGCACUGUCAAGUCAGAAACCACUGCUGAGGAAUGUUUCCACAGCCACGCCAGGGGUGCUGAGACCCCCACAGGACAGGGGGCUGCCUGCGCUCCCACCAACCCUGCUGGUCCCAGCCUCCUUGCCUCCCAGGCUGAGAUCCCCUGACCGCACAGAGCAAGCCUGGGAGCAACGCCUACAGAACAACGUCUGGCAGCUGAUCCACUCAGCCCUCUCCUUGGAGACAUCCCUGGGCACUGAGGGCCCUUCUCCAGACUCCAAGUCACACCCAGAGAGCAUGUCAGGCAGCACUGCAGAGAGGGUGCAGGAAACAGCCCCCCGUGGCAGCCUUUUAGCCCUGAAGAAUGAUGAGGCAGUGAUGAUCCUGUGCUAUGCGGUGCUGGAGGGAAACUGUGUCUCAUCAGCCGUCACCCAGAUCUGGAAGGAGAUGGAAGAGAGAGUCCUCGGGUUUGGAGAUUUGGUGUGUGACAGCCUUGGGCGGCGUCACAUCGACCUGUGCCCUGACUGUGCUUUCUGCUCACUGAAGAGGGAACAGUGUCAGAAUAUGAAAAACCUGAACCGUGUUCACUGCAAGACAGGCAACUUCAGCACCUACAUCAACCCUCAGAUCUCAGCCCAGCAUCAGGCUGCAGGCAACAAGACCAGCUCCCCAGAGACCUCAGAGUACCAUGGCAUGGAGGUUUUCAGAGGGCUGAGGGCAGAGUACUGGUGCAGCCGGAUAGCCACCCAUGGCUGUGAGGACCCUCGUGUGAGCCUCUGGCUGAAGGCAGAGUACGCCGCCUUCCAAGAUGGAGAUGCCCAGAGCCAGAUCUGCGACUCAGAUGGACUUCAGCACCCCAACUACUGCGUGUUCAAGAGCCACCAAUGCCUCCAGCAGAGCCUCUACAACCAGCGGGUGACUCGUCGCAGCUGCCUCAGAAACGAGACAUACCGGGUGCUGAGUAAGAAGGAGGGAGAGGAGCAGGUGCAGCUGUGGCACCAGAGGUUCCUCAGCCUUGCCAAGGGGUGAUGCCUGAUACCAGGGGGAUGUCUGGCAAGGACAGGACUCCACAGCAGGCUAUCUGGAGCUGUAGUGGGGCAGAGAGCCUGGAUAGACUUGGACAGCUCUUCCCAGACCUCUUGCUGGCCAGCCAGCUCAUCAUGGCCUGAUCUCACCCUCUGAGCACCUGCUCUGUGCCGGCGCCAGCGGCACACCAUGAGGGGAGCCUCACAAAACAGCAUCUCGCUGUGGGACCUGCUGGAACUCCUCCUGAAAAUAUUUUCUCCAAACAAAGGAGCAGCUGAGCAUUGGAGAAGGCAUCAGCCCUGGCCACCUAGAUUAAGAGCCACUGGCCCAAGCGUCCUUGUCUGAAAUCCCCAGCCAUCCCUUGCCUCCCUCUCCCUGCAGGAUUACACCAGGCGAUAGUUCUCCCACAGAUGAGUCUUAUUGUAUAAAGAGCCUGUUCACCCUACAAA